AUGCACGAGGUUUAUGUGGCCACUGACCGCCCUUGCAGGUACCCAGAACAGGUGUUGGUGGCCGGAGAUCCCCCUGCUCUCGGCAUGCUAAGCGGCCGACAUGCCAACCUCUCCGCUGACUGCGUGGAGGUCAUGGUGGCAGCACAUGCCGCCGAUGCUGGCAAGGGCACCGCUGAGAGUGGAGGUAGACAAACCGGAGGAACCAAACCGGAGGAACCAACCUUCACUACUCGUCCCGUGCCGGCCUGGGUUCAGCCAAUCAUGUCUUACCUUAACGACGGCAGUCUGCCGACAGAAGAGGUGUCGGCCAGGCAGAUUCAAAGAAGAGCAAAGGCGUACACCAUCAUCAACGGCGAGCUUUACAAGAGGAGUGUCACUAGUGUCUUGCGGUGA